AUUCCAAAAAUCUUUCGAACUAACAAUGUUGACAAGAAGGAGUUUAUAUCGUAAAUUAGGAAGUGGUAUAGUGACACAGUUACGAAGAAGCAGUGAUGCUGAUGGUUGCGACCCAUGCCAAUCUAUUCCGCCUCCCCCGUGCCCUCCGUGUGCGCCAUGCCCACCGUGCCCGCCGCCGCUUCCUCCCUUCCAUCAUUACCCCAGAACCGCUUACAAUGUCAAAUUUAUAUACGUAAACGAUCAAAUACCCACAACCACCCUGAGGGAUUUCGUGGACCGAGCAUCUCAGAUAUGCUUUUUUACGGAACUGUUCAGAGGUUUUGCUGUCACCUUGGGGCACGUAUUUAAAGAGCCAGCCACGAUAAAUUACCCUUUCGAGAAGGGUCCGCUCUCCCCCCGGUUCAGAGGUGAGCAUGUUUUACGUAGAUAUCCAAGUGGGGAAGAGCGAUGCAUAGCGUGUAAGCUAUGUGAAGCCGUUUGUCCGGCGCUGGCCAUCACAAUAGACGCGGAAGAGCGCGCCGAUGGCUCACGGCGCGCUACUCGCUACGACAUCGACUUGACAAAGUGCAUCUUCUGUGGAUAUUGCCAGGAGGCCUGUCCGGUGGACGCAAUCGUAGAAGGGCCCAACUUUGAAUAUAGCAAAGAAACUCAUGAAGAAUUAUUAUAUAAUAAAGAGAUAUUGCUGACCAAUGGCGACCGAUGGGAGUCAGAAAUUGCUAGCAAUAUCAGAGAUAAUCAUUUAUACCGCUAAUA